AUGUCUCUUAGGCUCGCUCCAACCUUCUCUCUAUCUCUCCCCUCUGUUGCUUGCAAGUAUUACUCCGAUCUACAAAGAGGAAAUACUAAUUUUGAAGUUAUCCACAAAGUUUUUGGUUCCAAAAAUGCCUUCAAUCUCCUGAUCCAUCUUCCGAUAAAAGACCGUAAUGAGGCUGUUGCUACAAUGAUAUAUAAGGCUCAAGCUAGGAUUCAAGAUUCGACUUACGGUUGUGUAUCUGAAAUUCUUAUGCUCCAACAACAGGUUAUCAAUCUACAAAUUUAUCAAGCAUUUUUGAAGGAGUUUGUAGACUCUUAUGCAAACCUUCAACAUGUUCAAAAUCAAAUUCCCCUAGAAACCAAUCCUAUUCCAGAACUGUAUCCGAGCAUCGCCGGAGAUAUUAAUGAACUUGAACCAGCUGACUUCCAAACGCGACAACACGAGGCAUUAUCACAGGCAUCGACAUUUGGCCAGUCAGAAGAUAAUGACGCUGUCCAACCCUCGCAGCCAGCUAUUGACGAAAGAUCAAUAUGGUUGGAGGUUGCGGGCGGCAAGAAAAAGGGUUGUGUCUAUGGGAUGGGGUCUGAAGUGUAUGUCAUCCCUGGUUCCUACUACCUACCAUCGCCACCGCCACCAUCCUUAAGCUCAUUGGCAGAGCAGAUUCAAGAAGUUGUUAGGACAGCUAUUGAACCCUUUCAUGAUCGUUUGUCAGCCCUUGAAGGUAGGUUGCCUCCCCUGCCGCCGUCUUCAUCAUCACUGCCCCCGAAUCCUUCGGAUCAUUAA